AUGUGUGAUGUUUGUUCAGAAUUUUCACAGCUUUUAAUAAAUUGUGAAACAAGAUUAACCGACGAUGUGUCUCAAUAUCCAACUAUAAGUCAGUCUGAGCUUGAAACAGUAUUAAAUUACAUUCUGUCCUGGCCUCAGAGGCAAUGUAUGUGCUGUUAUCGAGAUGUAAAGAAUUUUGAAAGAUUUUAUUUAGUUGUCCAGAGUGUGUUGUGUUUAUCUGUGUGUCAACUGAAGCAGCUAAAAGAUGACUUAAUAGUUUCUGCUAAAACCGUAAAUUGCAAUGAAAAUAUAGAACAACAAAAGCUACAAGAUGGGACGAGUAAGAAAAUUGAAGAUAGCAAUAUUCAAAACAGUGAUAAAAACCCAGAAAGUACAAUAUCUACUGAGCCGACUGAACCAAAUAGCUUGGAUCAAGAUAAGCCAGUGCCAGUUGCCGAUAGUGAAGUAUGGUCAAUACAGCAGAAGGAAAAGUUAAUGCACAUUGUGUCAAAGAUAUUCCUCCUUAAUUUCCCGCUCUAUCUGGCCUGUAAACAUUCAGCUUUAAGUCGCUUAGACGACCUUACGGCACAAGAGAUAUCAAACUUAAGCUCAUACUGCGACCUCCAUGACACUGAAAUACCAGCAUAUCUAUUAAGGAAUGUGAGUUUGUUCUGCAAAUUAGGUGGUGUAUGUGCUAUGACAUCUGUGUUUGAGACUGCCACUCCCACCACCCUACCGUUGUCCAUGGCCCAUGCAAUAGUUGCAGCUGUCGGUAAUUUAAAACUGUGGCUGAAUUUUAGAGCAGUCGCUCAACUCUUCAUGCCUCUUAGAAGCAAAAUCUUAAAGUAUAUGUGCAGUCUAGAAGACAAGGAUUUGAGGGUACCGGCAGUUAAAUCUAUGGCAGAUUUCAUGUGGGGAGCAGCUAAAGAACCUCUUGAUGCCCCAUUGGCUUUUGAUGGUGAUGGCUUAGCAUUGGCCUUUAAAUAUUUUAACAGCAGUACUCUCACUAUGCGACUGGCAGGUGUAGCUCAGAUCAAUGCUCAUAUAGCAGCACACAAUGAGCUUUGUGCCGGAGAACCCGCUGCUGAUGCAGAAUUAGCCGGACAGCAGCUAGCCACUUGGCUAACCAACAAUAAUAUUAUAGAACAUCUUUUUGGACCAAAUUUACAUGUCGAGGUUAUAAAGCAGUCACAUAUGAUUCUAAAGUUUCUGGCUGUAGAGGGUCGGGUGACGUCAGAGCAUGUAGAGCUUGUAUGGGCAGCGGCUCAGCUGAAACACUGCGGACGACAAGUAUAUGAUCUACUGCCUGGGUUCAUAAGAGCACUUGCACCUAAGCCUUGCUCACAUCUAUACAGCCUCCUCUGCUCUUUGCCACCUAAGGAGCAUACCGAACAGAGUCUGUACCUUGCAUCAGCAUUAAUGCGUGCCAUGUGGGCGCGCGGUGGGUGCGGUGGUUCCCCGGCGCCCGAGCCGCCUCGCCUCGCCCCUCCCGCCUGUAAGCCACACCGCUCCUCGUCUGAAGCCUCCGUUAGUAUGGACCAGACAAAUUCGGACGAUGAUCCGUGCGAGGAACUGAGCACGUCUGCGGAGGAGGCGGGACCUACGCCGCGGAAACAAAGCAAACAUCAAAGGGAACUGACAGCUGAGCAAGAAUGGCUUCGAGAAGGUGAAGAGCUCACGAAGAAGGAAUGCCUCACUAUCAAGACGUGCCAAAAACGGAACAAACGUGCGGGCAGCAGCGGCAGUGCCAGCAGUGGGGCGGAGGAACUGUUGCGUCCUAGGAAGAAGAAGCUCUACAAGAAGCGGCACAAGGCCGGCAAGACGAGACAUUUCCCUACGCAACUUAAAACCGCUGAAUUGGCUGAGUCGGUUUCCGAGGUGGAGGAAGAGUCGUCCGGUAGUGAUACAGCCCAUUGUCAACUUCUCUGUGAUAACGUGGAUGCCAGCAGGCGACUGAUGGAACUGCGUCUAAUGGAGAGCUACAAGCGUCGCUCGGAGGAGGAGGGCAGCGCGUCCUCGGCGCUCUCUGUACACUCACACAGGCACCUGCCCGACCUAGAUGAUGAUGACUCCGCCUGCGAGGAAGAACUGGCCAGGCUCGCUGCUCAGGCGCAGUGUUUAACAGAGUACGGCGGGGUGGGGGUGGAGGCCCGCCCCCCGUCCCCCGCGCCCGUGCUGCCCUUCAGCGUGGACGACGUGUGCCGGCCCGGGAACACGCUGCUGUGGGACCUGCUGCAGGACGGCGCCAUUGAGCAGCUGGGUGAAGGUCUGGCUCUGGAAGCCGAGAAAGCUCUUUGCGCGUUACUAUGUUUCAGCACGGACAAGUUUAUUCGUAUAAAAUUUAUCGAGGGAUGUCUCGAUAACUUGGCAAAUCACAGGUCCGUUGCGGUGUCUCUUCGUCUCCUACCGAAGUUGUUUUCAUCGUUUCAACAGCUCCGUGGCAUGGAUAUGCAUCAAGUUGUGAUGUGGGCGGAGCGUGAGCGCGGUAUGAUGCGUCUGUUCCUGGAGGAUCUUCGUCACUAUGUCCAACAGCGUCCCUCGGUCGCCCCAACAGACGCACAACACUACGCACACAUAACCGAGCUCACAGUACGACUACACUUCCUAACAGCUAUAUUCUCGCCAGUCGGAUCACCGCAUCAUUUUAGGUUAACAGUGGAGCAGGUUGAAGAAUUGUGGCAGUGUCUGGUUGUUCGCGGUACUAGCGAGUGUGCGGAUUGUUUGUAUUCCUGGCUGUUAUCUCACACCAAGUCGCCCGACCAACAUGCACUAGGACUGGACGCCUUGCGAUUCCUCUACGUAGAAAAAAUGCCUACUCUAGACCCUGAGACCAUCAGCAUAAUGGGUCUUAGCCUGUACCAGCAACUGUGUAAUUUGGCGCGAAUGGCGCUGGGGGCGGGUGACACCAGAGAGACACACCCACACCACGCCCACCACACUCAUCACUCACAUCACCCUCAUCACCCACACACCCUCGCCAUGGACCAUCUGUGGAAAAUCGCCCUUAGAGCUAAUAGCACUGAUGUAUCAAUGGGAGCCAUACAAUACUUGAACAGCUACUACAUGGGCCAGCAGCUACAACAAGAGGACGAUUUCGUAUCUAAAUGCAUGUUUCAUCUGUCUUCGGCCGCUGAGAGGCUUAUAUCAAAGAACGAUGACUGCCAAGGAACCUCCCUCACUCCCAGCGUGGCCAUAGAAGACGGCAAAGAAAAUGAGAAGACCAGUGACAAGCAAAAUAUAUACGAACACAUGACGGAGGAGGCCGCGCUGCAAUGUAUACAGAGGGCGCUGCUGCUGCUGAAGACACAUUUGGAUACCUUUAAAAGGAGAUACGCGUACCACCUCCGUCGCUGGGCCCUAUGUGAGUCCGGCUCGUGGGAGGGGUCUGCCAGCGGCGCGGGCUCGGUGCGUGUGACGCUGCAGCCGGCGGGCGCGGGGCCUCGCGCGGUGCUCGCUCUGCAUCACUCGGACCUGGUCGCUCACCUGCGGGCUCACGUGCACGUGUGGUGGGAGAGACAGAUACAGGGUGAGGAUGGCGUGACGGCGUUGUCGACGGACGGUCCGUUAAGAAUGAUAACACAAGGUCAAGAACUCACCAUCGAUUAUGACGAGAGAACGUUAUACGAUAUGGGCUUUAAAGACAAUCAGUUGGUGUUCGUGUCCGUGGGCGUCGGUGGGCGGGGCGCGUGGGCGGAGUGGCCGUCCGCCCAGCCUGCUCCGGCGAGAGCUCGUCUGCCCACACACCUACUGCUAGACCCUACGUACUUCAACCACCUGUUCACGUUGAUGCAGGCUCUGGGACAGAUGAAGGAGCCGGGAACUACCGGAGAACCAGUUGCCCACACAAAAGCGCAACUCCUGUCCCGUCGUGUUUGGGACAUUCUACAAGCCGUGCCCCUCAACCCUACUCUUCUAGAAGCGUUCCAGAACCCUUCAGAGAACAAACUCCCGGAGCUACUAGACCCAACCAGCCCGCAGAAACUAAUGUACUCCUUACAUAUCAUAGACAAACUGAGCUCCAACAACGGAUCCAGCGUUAAAGAUUCCACGGGAACUAUAGACAAGACUGAAGAAAAAGUUUGCGUCGAGAAUUGGAACGAACUCUUCAUUAAGAAGGGCGGCUUGCGGCUGCUAUAUGACAUCAUGAUGUCAGGUGUUCUACAGAGGAGCGAUGAUAGUGAAUGGCGACAAGACUGUCUUGCGCUUCUGCUACAGUUGCUUUGUCGCAUCGGUACACUGCCACCUACGGAGUCCGGACAGACACCUAAGUUACAUCCAUCUCUACUGUCAUUAAUGAACGUUGAAGAGACUACUGAGAGGUUGAUAUCAAUCCUCUGUGAAGCCGCCACUAUGAAGGAGCCGACCACUUAUAAAACUGGAUUUUGGGGACGAGCACAGGUGGUUCAACACGCGAUGCGUGUGUGUGUGGUGUGGGCGCGUGGUGGGGGGGACGCCGUGUCUUUGGCCUGGUCUCUAAGGCGAGCUGCGCCCAGGUUGUUGCUAGACGACGCAGAUCCUGCUGUUCGUCGUGAGGCGGGUAGUGCUCUAUACCGGCUGUGUGCUGGAGGCGAGGCGGGCGUGCUGGCGCCGCUUCUGACGCUGCUGCUGCAACACAUGCCGCGAGCAGCGGAUAUGAGGCCGCAUCCGCAUCCGCCUCAUCAUCACCAUGAGGUCGUUCAUCAUCACGCGGAAGAAGGAAAGGAACCUUACGGUCCAGCAUGUAGAGACUAUUUUUGGUUGGUGUGCAGACUGAUAGAUGGAUUACCGGAGGAUUUCUUUAAAGAAGGAGCAUUAUCAGAGGAUAGUGGUGCACCAGAUCUGAAUGAACUCUGCGAACAAAUCAGCUGUUCUCUGGAGAAAAGGGAAAUUAUAGAAAAACGUUCGGAGCCUUGCACACCUGACGACGGGCUGUACGGGCAACUGAGUCUAUUGACGCACCUCCUGAAACAUCCUCUGAGGUUUAAGACUUCUGAACGGGGAACUAGGACUUUGGAAAUGGUGUUCGGUUUCCUAUUUGAUGUAGCAAAUCCCUCCCAGCGGAAUCUGCCCAAGUGUAAGUCCCAGAAGUCGAGGGCCGCGGCAUACGACCUGCUGGUUGAAUUGGUCCGAGCGGCGCCCGACAACUAUAUGGUGUUGCAUCACAAGCUCAUGGAACAUCAUAAACCUGGUGGCUCGUCAUCAUAUCCUUGGGACUACUGGCCGGCGGAGGAAUCUCGUUCUGAGUGCGGGUACGUGGGGCUCACUAACUUGGGCGCUACGUGUUACAUGGCUUCGUGCAUGCAGCACUUAUUCAUGAUGCCGGCCGCACGCGCCGCGGUGCUAUCAGCAGAUCCCGCUGCCUCUAGGCACGCGCCCACCCUACAUGAGAUGCAGAGAAUGUUCGCCUACCUCAUGGAAAGUGAACGCAAAGCUUAUAAUCCUCGAAGCUUCUGCAAAGUUUACCAGAUGGACCAUCAGCCGUUAAACACGGGCGAACAGAAGGACAUGGCGGAGUUCUUUAUAGACCUCGUCUCCAAGUUGGAAGAAAUGACGCCCGAGCUUAAAAAGCUUGUAAAAACAUUAUUCUGCGGCGUGCUUAGUAACAACGUUGUGUCCUUGGAUUGCCCGCACGUGUCUCGUACGUUGGAGGAGUUCUACACGGUGCGGUGUCAAGUGGCGGACAUGAGGAACCUGCACCAGUCGCUGGAUGAAGUGACCGUCAAGGACACGCUGGAGGGAGACAACUGUUAUACGUGCAGCACAUGCUCGAGUAAAGUGCGGGCUGAGAAGAGGGCGUGCUUCAAGAAACUCCCCCGUAUCCUGUGCUUCAACACGAUGCGGUACACCUUCAACAUGCUGACGAUGCUCAAGGAGAAGGUCAACACACACUUCUCAUUUCCCAUGAGAUUAGAUAUGUCUGGGUACGUCGAGAAACAUCUCAUGCCCGCACAGUAUCAAGAAGAGAAAAGAAAGUCAGCGGAACAGAAGAAAGAAGGUGAGGUCAAUGAAGACGAUUCAGACGGUGAAGAACAUUACGAAUACGAGCUGAUCGGCGUGACUGUACACACGGGCACAGCGGACGGCGGGCAUUACUACUCGUUCAUACGGGACCGGGAACACGACCACGACCGCUGGCUGCUGUUCAACGACGCUGAGGUCAAGCCCUUCGACCCCGCACACAUAGCGGCCGAGUGCUUCGGAGGGGAGAUGACGAGCAAAACUUACGACUCGGUGACGGAUAAAUUCAUGGAUUUCUCGUUCGAGAAGACGAACAGCGCGUACAUGUUGUUCUACGAGCUCAGUCCGCCGCGGACACAACGAGGGUCGGACGCGGGGCAGCUGGAGGAGGCACAGUCGUCUCGUACAUCAGAGAGUCCUCCGUGUGUUGACCGGCGGGAGUCGCUGUCGGCGGCCGCGCCCCCCCCCCCCCUCCCGCCGGACCUGCUGGCCUGGAUCUGGGACGACAACAUGACGUUCUUACACGAUAAGAACAUCUUCCAGCACGCUUACUUCACGUUCAUGGGUCAGAUGUGUAGUUCAGUUCCACAGUCUCUGUUGACUCUUCGGCCGGAGAUCACUGAAGUGGCUGCAAGACUGUCCACAUCCUUCUUCAUAGAAACAUUCAUACACGCUAAGGAGAAACCAACUAUGGUGUCUUGGGUAGAACUAGUCACCAAACAGUUCAACGCCUCCGCUGCGGCUUCAGAAUGGUUUCUGGGUCACAUGGCUGAUGAUACAUGGUGGCCGAUGCAGGUCCUAAUAAAAUGUCCAAAUCAAAUGGUGCGUCAGAUGUUUCAGAGGCUCUGUAUGCAUGUAAUACAAAGACUGAGAUCUAGUCAUUGCGCCCUGUACCUGCAGGGCAGCGAGGGAGGCGGAGAGAGCAAGCUGGGAGAAGCGAGUUGUGUUACUAGGUUUAUAAGGAUGUUGUUGUCAUUGAUGGAGAGCGGUGCGCGGUGUCACUUGCGACAUCUAACGGAGUACUUCAGUCUGUUGUAUGAGUUCAGUAAGAUGGGGGAGGAGGAGGGCAAGUUCAUGUUGCGGGCACACGCUAUAUCAACCAUGCUGAACUUCUAUCUGGGACAUAAUGCCAACGCGGCGGAGUCUCCAUCAGAAGAAGCUAGUGGUAGCGGAAGCGGGAGUGGAGCGACGGAUGGAUGUGAUAAGUUGCGGCCCGGAGCUCUAGAUAAAAUGGUUGCCCUCGUCAGUGGACUGGUGGAGAGGUCCAGAGACAGCUCGGGACAACUAGUAUUAGAAGAACCUGACGCUCGGGCGCUGCUACACGCCAAGGGGUUUCCCUUCAUUUAUCAACAAACUAGAGAUUGCUUAAACUUGCAACAAACUAGAUCGCUCAUUUUCGCCCUGUGUCGGUGGAACGAGGCACUGGCGCAGAAAAUUGUGAACAUGAUAUUCCAGGCGAUAGCUAAGCAUUCGGAAAGUUGUAGUCCGUUCUUCAAACUGCUGACUCUGCUGGUGGAGGGCAGCGGCGGGGGAGGGGGAUCUUCUGGAGGGUUGCCGUGCUUCACUCAGCUGGUGCUGUCUCGUCUUUGGGAGGCGGGUGAAGUUUGUCCGCACGCGGCGCUCGAGUGGCUGGCGAUGCAGGUGCCAAGGAAUAAGGCGGCUCACGCCUGGGCUUUAAGGACGGCCGAUCGCUGGGUUGAAGCGCAGCUGCUGGCGGCGGGCGCGGCGCGAGUGAGAGCGGCGGCGGCGUUAUUGCUCGUAGCCUUAGUACCGUCGCAGCAUUUCCGCGCAGGAUACGCCCGACGGCCACCAUCAGCGCCGACACCCGCCCCAACCCCAAACCCCGCUCCCGCCGCAACCGCCUCGCAACCAUUACACCUCGCCAAGCUACCGGACACGGCUCAUCACACGCUACAUCAGGUGUAUACGAUGUUGUUGGGCAAAUUGAAAGCUGCUAGAAAGUACACAGAUAUCGCGGUCCACGGCACCAUGAAACUGACAGCUUACUUUGGCGUCAUGUCAUACUGUGUGGUCAGUAGGGUCGAGAAAUUAAUGUUCGGUCAGUACUUCCCUGAUCUGUGGGAUCUGUAUCAUCCAGCUAUUUCUGAGCCGUCCGUGGCUGUUCACCCCAACAAGCAGGCCCUACUUACGUUCUGGCACGCGGUGACGCUCGACUGCCCAGAGAACGUUCAACUUAUGCUGGCCAACCAACGACUCAUCAAACAUAUAGCUUUCAAUUAUAUACUAGCGGAUCACGAGGACGGUGAAGUUGUGGCCUAUAACCGCGCCAUGCUGCCGCCUUACUACGCUCUGCUGAGGUUAUGCUGUCGCAGAUCAGCUGCCUUCGCGCGCUCGCUGGCGCAGCAUCAGAACAUACACUGGGCCUUCAGGAACAUAGCGCCUCACGCUCACCUCUACCCCGGCGCUGCGGAUGAACUGUUGAGACUGGCGCGUAUACUGGCUGCCCGCGGCAGUGGCGGCGGCGGCGCUGUGAGUGUGGAGGGCGUGGAGCCGAGGGAGGCCGCCGCCUUCAGGCGGAGCACGCUCUCUGCAUACUUACAAGGUCUGAACGGACGAACAUGUUGGACGACUUUGAUAUCAGCGUUCUGCACGCUCGUGGAGACCGAGGACGACCGGCUGUAUGUGGUCUACAACGGGGGACUACAGAUGACGUUUGAAGCACUGCACAGUCUGCACGCUGUGUACGUGGAGGGUGGUGGUGGGGUCGGCGGAGUGGGUGGCGUGGGCGGUGUGGGCGGAGUGGGCGCUGGCGGGGCGGCGGUGCGCGCCGAGCUAGGAGCGGCGCUGCGGUGGGCGCGCACGUUGUGCCGCACCCUGCGCCUGCGCCGGGACGCCAAGGAAGCCCGCGCCCUGCUGCUGGCCUGCAAGGACUGGCCCGAGUGUGCUCGGCGACUCCUCACACUGCUCAACCUACAUCAGCGGACGCCGCGCCUGCCGCACGCAGCGCUCGGCGUGCUCCGUGAACUAGUUCUGAUCGGUGGCGGGGCGGCGCUGGGUGCUCUCGUCCCUCUGGCCGCGGGUGCGCACGCCGCCGCCCGCGCCGCCUCCCGCCCGCGGCUGCGCACCCCUCACUCUCACCCUCAUCCACACCCACAUCCUCACCCCCGACCCGCGCUGUACAGACCCUACCACAAGUUCAUCGACACGUGUUGCCGCGUGGCCCGCAGUCAGCGCUGUAUGUCAGAGCAGCUGGUGUUGUUGUCUGCGCUGUGUGCGCUGGAAGCGGUGCCAUUAAGAUUCAACUACUUCGCGGCCUUCUGGAGAGAUGUAGCAGCUUCACCGGCGGAUGCGAAGCUAGAGGAGAUGCUGUUAGAGUGCAGCGUGGUGGGCGAGUACGUGGACGCGGUGCUGUUGGACGAGCGGGAGUCGCUGGCGGACCAGGCCAUAUACGAGUUUAUGCAGCACUACUAUCCCAAGCUCGGCGGAGUGUCUAGUCCGAGCGGCUCUGUGUCCGGUGCGGGCGCUGUGUGCGGGGCGGCGCGGGCGGCCGAGGCACUGGCGGAAGAAGUGGCGGGGGGCGCCGCGACCGCCCCGCUGGCAGCUCUGCUGGGGGCCGCGAGGGCCCUGCUGUUACUAGCGGAGCGCGCGCCCCCCGCCCCCGACACACCACUCGCCCGCGCGUUACAUAGAGCGACCGCCGCCUUGCACCAGAGACUGAUCAGACCUACCGAAGAAGAGGACGGUGAGGAGGAGCGAGGCGCGUCCCCGGUCGAGGCGCGCUGUCCGUCCGCGGACGGUAGCGACCAGGACGAGCCGCUCGGAGACAGCGACUCAUCCAGCGAGGCCCCGCCCCCCGCCGCGGACACGCCCCCCGCGGACCUGCUGCCGCUGCUGUCCCACGCUCUGCGGCGCCUGCACCGCCUGCAGGCCUCGCCGUCCCCCUCCCCCGCGCCCUCCCCGCCCGCCUCCCCCUCCGCCGCGCCCCCGGACGACUGA